AUGCGGCAGGACCACGUGAAGCAGCGAUGGAGAACACCGCGACUACCUCGCACCAUCGACUCCGUUUCUUCGGUGCUGUGCUUCCUGUUAGGAUUCAGCUUGCAUUCGUUUGUAGUCGGUAUCACCUUGCAAGAUGUAGAAAAAGAUAUUGUAGACUUGGUGGAAGGGACUGGAAUGCAGCAGGAGCCCCUCGGAGUAACAGUAAUCGAAAAUCGUUGUCACAGGAACGAUCCGAUCGCUUACGAGAUCAAAGAAAGCGCACUCCUGACGAUCAAUACGAAUACACUUUUUCCUACUGACAUAUCUCGUGAUUUCUCCAUCCUGGUCGUUGCCAGACCAAAAAUCGGGUACCCGGCUGCCACGCUGUUUGCCAUCUACAGCGACAGCGGUGAGGAACAGUUGGUCCUAUCGUUGGGCAACGAUAUCACCCUUUACUACAGCACAGAUCCAGACGAAGAUGUUAAACCGAUUUCAUUUGGAAUUAAUAUAUCCGACGGAAAGUGGCAUCGUUUGGGGAUCAGUAUCAAAGGCGAUGCCAUCACGCUCAUUGUCGACUGUAAUCAGCAUGUCACGAAAGAAUUGCGCAGAAACGUUCAAGAAACGAUCAGCACCAGCGGUAUCAUAAUCAUCGGUCAACAGCUUGUCGACGGCAACGUAUAUUUGGGUGGAUUAGAGAUGUUGAGGAUCGCCCCAACGCCAGACGCUGCCUACGAAAUUUGUACGAUCUUCGCGCCCGAUUGUAAAAAUCAGACCAGAUACACGCUGGGAUAUAGCGGUUACACGACCACACGAAAUUAUGGAUCCGUGCGAACCACUUCGUCGAGUUACUACGAGAGUUCGUCGAAUUCUGAUAACAGCGGAAUAGCACGGAGCUCUGGUUUCUCUGGCGGUACGUUUUCGACUGGUGGACCGUAUUACGAGACGAAUUACAAUAAUAUCAAUCUGCCUGGAAAUUAUGGUAAAACGUCAACAACGGUGUCUGGUUCGAAUGAUUUCCUUGACAAGCAGAAUGAAACUUUCGGGAGACGAGCGGAGAAAUUUUAUGGAGAGGGGGUUGACGAGGACAGUGGCGAAGCGUCCUCUGAAGAUGACAGUGACUAUAAUUUUGUUUACGGACCCACGAAUGCUACAUAUCCGUCAAGACCCACUGUUCAAGCGAUACUUGAAAAUCAAAAUAUUGCUGCUAACGGUGUCGAGGCAACCGCAGGUCAAGAGUACGAAACGACAGUUUCAGAAACACCUGACAUUUCCGACGGUUUGCUUGGAAGUGUUCAAGGAACUCUAAAAUACGCAGCGACCGCGGAGGGUUCAUAUUAUAGUCCCAGUUACUAUAAUGUUCGCGGACCAUCUGGGCCACGUGGAUUUCCGGGUCCUCCGGGUGUGCCCGGGGCGCCUGGUAAAAAGGGCGAACCUGGAAGGGACGGUUUGGCGGGCCUACAAGGCGCGCCUGGUCCGCCUGGUAAUGUUUUCAUAAUACCAUCGUUGAGCCAACAGAGCAACGAGAAGGGACCGGACACUCAGGCGGAAGCAUUGAGGCAAAUGCUGUCGCAGCAUAUGAUGGCCAUGAGAGGCGUUGAAGGGCCCACUGGCUUGACGGGUUUGCCGGGUCCUGAAGGUCCACUCGGACCUCAGGGUCAGAAAGGAGAACCUGGUGAUGUUGGAGAAUCUGGACCUCGCGGUGACAGGGGAUUCCCCGGAACACCUGGUAGAGAGGGUAGAAGAGGUCGACCAGGAAGAGAUGGCGAUAGGGGUGUCAGUGGACCCCCUGGAACGAAAGGUGAACAGGGAGGACUUGGAAUGCCAGGUUUACCCGGUGAUAAAGGUGAAAGAGGACUUCCAGGAGCCACCGGUGAAUUUGGUUUACCAGGUCACGAGGGAAUGCAAGGUGACGAUGGUCCGCCGGGAUUACCAGGUCUACCUGGUGAACUGGGACCCAGAGGGUUCAUAGGAUCUCGAGGUUUUCCUGGCUUACCAGGCAACCCUGGAAUUCCUGGAGGUGAAGGUCCGCCAGGAGCAAAAGGCAAUACUGGUCCACUGGGACCUCCAGGUGCCCCGGGACCAUCAGGAUCUGUAGGGCCUAUCGGUCCGCCUGGGCCUCAAGGUCUUUUAGGACCUCCUGGUUUGGUUGGACCGCAGGGGAAGCCUGGAAUUCCCGGUCUUCCAGGAGCAGACGGGUCACCGGGACAUCCAGGGAAUCCAGGAAUUCCUGGAAUGAAAGGUGAACAAGGACUGCAAGGACCGCAGGGACCGAUUGGAUUUCCAGGAAUUCGUGGUGUGAAAGGUGACGAAGGUAAACGCGGGUCCUCUGGUGAACGCGGUGAGAAAGGAGAACGAGGAUCGGAAGGAGAAAAAGGCGACGCAGGCACAAAGGGAGAGCUCGGUUCAACGGGACCGCAAGGAAUACCUGGGCUGGAAGGUUUGGAAGGUCCAAAGGGUUUCGAAGGUCCACGGGGUGAAACUGGAUCGGCUGGUCCGCCCGGAGAAAAGGGUAAACCUGGUUCCCCAGGUUUUAUUGGAUAUCCUGGGAGUGUUGGGGAAAAGGGCGAUAAGGGACAGCCAGGAAGAGCAGGCCUCAGCGGGGAUAAGGGUGAAAGGGGAAAUAAUGGUGCGCCAGGAGAACGUGGCGAGCCAGGCCCUAGAGGCUUCAGGGGUGCUCGUGGAAGACGAGGUACUGAAGGUUUUCCAGGUCCAAAAGGUGACACUGGACAACCAGGUCCACCAGGAUCACAAGGUGAAGCUGGUCCAACUGGCGUUGAGGGUCCUCGAGGCUUUAUAGGACCUCCGGGGCAAGCAGGUCUUGAUGAUCCAGCUGGCGAAUCUGGUCAGCCCGGGGAACCUGGGAGUCCUGGAAGCUCUGGUGCUCCUGGAGAGACGGGUCCUCCUGGCGAACAAGGGAAAGAAGGGCCUCCAGGACCUCUUGGUUUACCGGGUAAAGAUGGUCCACCUGGUGCUGGUGGUUUACCAGGAUUUCCUGGUGAGCGAGGAUUGAAUGGUUUACCGGGAAUGCCAGGUCCAAAAGGAGAAUUAGGAUCAUCGGGUCCUCAAGGUCCACCUGGAGAUAAAGGUGCGCAAGGAGAACCUGGGAAAGAUGGUGAAACUGGACCUCAAGGAAGUCAAGGACAGAAAGGACCACCAGGAACAAUUGGUUUGAAAGGAGAAUUGGGUGAACCGGGCUCGCCAGGACCUACUGGACGUGACGGUUUAACAGGACAACGUGGAUUACCAGGCCCCCCUGGUCCUGUUGGAGUUCCAGGGGAAGACGGUGAUAAGGGUGAUAUUGGACCACCUGGUGAGAAAGGAUUUAAGGGGUCUCAAGGUGAAAUGGGUCCGCCAGGACCGCCUGGUACACACGGACUUCGAGGUGAACCCGGAGCAAUUGGCCUAUCCGGUGAAAAGGGACCACCGGGGGAAAUCGGGAGACAAGGUGUAAAGGGCGAAGAUGGCCCUGUUGGCGCAUCAGGCUCACCCGGUCCGAUAGGACCACAAGGAUUACCUGGCCCACCUGGUUUGAAAGGCGAAGUUGGAGAUACUGGUGCAGUUGGUCCUGUAGGACCAGCUGGAAGUCCAGGACAACCGGGACCAAGAGGACCGAAAGGUUCUGAGGGUUUACAGGGUCUACUAGGACUAGAGGGACGCCAGGGAGAGAAAGGAGACAGUGGGCUACCAGGACUUCCAGGUGCAAGCGGGCCUGAAGGAAAACCGGGCGAAAGAGGUGCUUUAGGUCCCAAAGGGGAGGAAGGGAAAAGUGGACCUCCAGGAGCACCAGGUACUCGUGGGAUACACGGUCCAGAAGGGCCAAAAGGUCACGUAGGAUCCCCUGGUUUUCCUGGGCCUCCUGGGGAGCCAGGUUUAGUUGGGCCGAAAGGAGAACCUGGUAAAGAUGGCGAAGAUGGUAAGCCUGGUGAUUUUGGCCUACCAGGUGAGCCUGGAGCACCGGGAAAGGAAGGAUUACCUGGACCACCCGGGAAACCGGGACCAGAAGGUUCAGCCGGACUCCAAGGAAGUACAGGGUUACCAGGUGAAAAAGGAGACGUGGGUCCACCUGGUGUACAGGGCCUUCAAGGUCACGCAGGUCCCCAAGGUCCACCAGGACCACAAGGCUUACCAGGCGUAAGAGGUCCUCCAGGACUCGCGGGAGAGAAUGGGCCACCUGGUAUGUCAGGAGCAGUUGGGUCUCCAGGAAAAGUUGGACCAGUGGGUCCUAAAGGUCCGAAAGGUGAAAGAGGUAAACGAGGAAUGAAGGGGCACCGCGGCGACCUAGGCCAUUUAGGUAUCAAAGGUGAACAAGGUGAAAAGGGAGAGUUAGGAGCACGAGGAACACCUGGAGUCGAGGGGCCCAAAGGCAACCAGGGUCCGUCAGGAAUGCUUGGGCCAAAAGGUAACGAUGGUCCUUCAGGACUUCCUGGCAUGGAGGGGCCACCUGGACCAAAAGGCAAUGCUGGAAACGAUGGACCAAAGGGUGAAUUGGGCCCACCAGGACCUCCUGGGCCUCCUGGUCCACCAGCAGAGCAACCAAUGUUUCCUCCAGAAUUAUUGUUCACGAGAGAGCAAUUAUUAAGGAAGAAACGCGAUGUUCCGACAGAUACGAAUGAUAAAGACGAGAAUGAUAAGAGAUCAGAUAAUUUAGAUCCGGAUGAUCAUACAGAGGAGGAAUUGGGGCCCAAGUUUUUAGACAUGUAUAGUUCAAUAUACGCUAUGAGACAGGAAUUGGAUCGAAUACGUAAACCAAUUGGAAGCAGAGAAAAUCCAGUAAGAACUUGCAGGGACUUGUUUUACGGGCAUCCACAUUUUAGCGAUGGCUGGUAUUGGAUCGAUCCGAAUUUAGGAAUGGCCGACGACGCUGUGUAUGUUUACUGUAAUAUGACAAACAUGGGUGAAACUUGUGUAUUUCCCGACAUUCACGUAAGUCAAAUGCCAAACAUUCCAUGGAGGAAGGAAGACAACAAAACGGAUUGGUACUCGAAUUUACGUGGUGGAUUCAGGAUUACAUACGAAACUAUCGGUGUAGUACAAUUAAAUUUCCUGCGUUUAUUGAGUCAGGAAGGUUGUCAGAAUUUCACUUACACUUGUAUCAACAGCGUCGCCUGGUACGAUACUUUGAAUUCCAAUUACAAUGUCUCGCUACGACUGUUAGGUUCGAACGAAGACGAAUUUUCACAUACCGGUAUCAAGCCUCAAAUUAUGAUGGACAGUUGCAAAACACGGAAGAGUAAAGGAGAAACUGUGUUUCUAGUUCAGACAAAGAAAUUAGAACAAUUACCAUUGGUCGAUUUCUAUCCAGUUGAUUAUGGCUUACCGCAGCAGGCAUUCGGUUUUACAUUCGGACCAAUAUGCUUCAAGUAA